CCAGAAGAGCCAGACUUUCCUACAGGAAGUUCUCCAGUCUUGAUGACAACAGCUAAUGUCAUAAGUGCCUUAGAAUGCCCUGUAUGCUUUACAUAUAUGCGCUCACCCAUCUGGCUGUGUGUGAACGGACACAACAUCUGUGGUCGCUGUCAACAGCGCAUCUUGACUUGCCCAGUGUGCCGUGGCCGUCUGCUUUUCACGAGGAACUUGGCCCUGGAGGCCAUCUCCGGAGAUCUGUCCUUCAAGGCACAGGAGUCCAAUACCUCAAAGUCUGACAAAGAUGAGACAACAGAGCAGGGUGAUUCUGGUGAAGUCCCAGAGAACAGGAUCCCACCGCCUUCAGCAGACACUAAUGCAGAGGUUUGCACCACCACCAACAGGCUCUUCUCACGAGACAUUGAGCACAUGUAUCCUGAACUAGCAACUUGGCUGGGUUUUCGUCCAACAGUUUCAACAGCCAGCCAUGAAUCAAAUACAAAUGUGGAAGUCCAGAACGAGUAGAAUGUGACCUUAGACUCGUGUAGAUCCAAAUGAUCUACCCCAAACUGAGGUCCUUGAGAUUUUCUGUUCAAAAGAAUGCAAAUUUGAAUUUCUCAUGCAGUGGUUUGUCGGUUAAUUUGCUGCUUCUCAUGAGAGAUUGAGCAAUAACUAUUUUGCUCCAAUUUCUUAAUUCAGGUGCUGCCAUUGAUGGUUCAGAUGUAUGAAAAGUGAUACAGUGGAAAACAUAAUAAGGACCUUGUUUGUUUGCUUUUGGUGAUCAAAGUGCGUCAUAAAUAUUACUUACUCUCAGACUGAUUUAUGUUUGUUCUACUUGCAGCGUUUUUUAUUUUCACCUAAGAAUUGAAGUUCUAUUAAGUUUCAGGUGGUUAAAUUUAAUUAUUUUGAUUUCUCAAUGGCUUAGGUAUUCCUCUAAAAACAAAUUCUUAAGUAAAAUGUUGAAUUUGAAACAUUAAUCCUAGAAUAAUAAACACUUGAUGGAAAGUAUAUUCACCAACAUACUUCCAUACUUGAAACUUGCCUCUAGUUUCAUAAGGACAAUCACACUUACAAU